GGAAAACGGGGAGCGGAGAUGAAGAUGGAGGUGGGAGGGGCCUGACAUGACUGACGUCAGCGACUGUGUGGAGGAGUAUAGGCUGUGCUGUCAGCCCAGUGUCAGUCUGAUGAAGAUUGGCAUGCAGUCUCAAUGUGAAACUAUCCCAUGAUGCAACAUGUGUCCCCAGCAUCUGCAGUGACAAUGAUGGCCACCCAGAGCGCUCCUCCACCAUCGUACCAGGAGAGCCAACAGAUGACGGGCACGACUCAACAGAACACCAAGACCCCACAGGUCCACAUCCCAGCAGCCUCCGCAGCAGGAAAUAGCUCUGUCAGUGUGACCCUUGACCCCCAGGCCCAGCUUGAAUCUGACAAGAGGGCUGUUUACAGCCAUUUUCAAAGGCAUCCAUUGUUUCCCCUGCUAGCAUUGCUGUUUGAGAAAUGUGAACAGGCCACACAGGGAUCUGAAUGCAUCACGUCAGCCAGCUUUGAUGUGGACAUAGAAAACUUUGUGCACCAGCAGGAACGAGAACAUAAGCCCUUCUUUAGCGAAGAUCCAGAAUUGGACAACUUGAUGGUAAAGGCCAUUCAGGUGUUGCGAAUCCACCUACUCGAGCUAGAGAAGGUCAAUGAGCUUUGUAAGGACUUCUGCAACCGUUACAUCACUUGUCUCAAGACCAAGAUGCACAGCGACAACCUCCUCCGUAAUGACCUUGGAGGGCCCUAUUCUCCAUCACACACCAGUCUCAGCAUGCAGCAGGAACUAAUUCAGACCUCCUCUCCAUCCAUGACCUCUGUCUCCAGCUCUGUUAACCCUUCAGGGAUUGUGGUGCCUGCUGGAGGGCUGCAACAGGGGAAUGUCGCCAUGACCACCAUCAACUCUCAAGUGGUCUCGGGUGGGACCCUGUACCAGCCAGUUGCCAUGGUGACAUCGCAAGGGCAAGUGUUAACUCAGGCGCUGCCUCCGGGAACCAUUCAGAUCCAGAACUCACAGGUAAAUGUGGACCUGUCCUCCUUGUUGGACAGUGAAGACAAGAAGUCUAAGAAUAAGAGGGGAGUCCUGCCCAAACACGCCACCAACAUCAUGCGCUCCUGGCUCUUCCAGCAUCUCAUGCACCCAUAUCCAACAGAAGAUGAGAAAAGACAGAUUGCAGCACAAACAAGUCUGACCCUCUUGCAAGUAAACAACUGGUUCAUCAAUGCUCGUCGACGUAUCCUUCAGCCUAUGUUAGAUGCCAGUAAUCCUGACCCGGCUCCUAAAGCGAAGAAGAUGAAGUCCCAGCAUCGUCCAACACAGCGCUUUUGGCCCGACUCUAUUGUGGCUGGUGUAUUGCAGACGCACAGAUCUCAGACAGGAAGCAACUCAGACAACCCCCUGAGUAUGGACAGUCUCCAGUCACUAUCCUCAGAUUCAGCCACCCUGGCCAUGCAGCAAGCCAUGCUCGGAGCCGAUGACUCAAUGGACGGCACUGAGGAAGAGGAUGAAGAGGAGGAGGAAGAGGAGGAAGAUGGCAUAGAGGAGGAUGAUGAGGAAGAGGAUGGAGAGGAGGAAGAUGACAGGGGGAGGCAGCUGUCCAGCCGGGGAGCGGGAAGGAGAGAUCUUAGCAUGGAGCACAGAGAGGAACUGGAGUAGUCUGUCAGAGGCAACUGACAGACUUUAUGAACGCUGAUCUCAGUCGUGAACUUAAUACAGCCUCAUUGAAACUCAACUAGUACGCCUCUAAUGCUGAGUGACUCUAGAGAGCAUUUACGCACGUAUUAGUUCUUUACCACAGACUCUAAUCAAACACAAUGACCAUCAUGUUUAUAGGAAAAAUAUUAGUUUAAUGCUGAUUUGUGUUACUGCAUUUUAACACAGUAUGUUCGUAUGUAGUGAACUCAUGAACUUUCUGGAGAGUAGCACAUUUUUAUAGCUCUGGUUAUUUAUGGAGAGGAAUGACACAGGAACUAAAAGGUUUGAAAUUGAGUACAUUUAAAAGCAGCAUUUAAAGAUGUUGGGUGCUUUUACAGGAACUGAUUCUUAUUUUUUUUAAACAAACAAUGAGGAAAAGCGUUACAUGGAUUAAAGAACUGAAAAUCUCUUUUGACUGUAUGUUUUAGCAACUACUUAAUUGAAUGUAAUAAUUUGUCAUCUGAAAUUAGCUACUAAAAGGGCUGCAGCCAUUUUUAGCAGUUUUUUUUCAUCUGAAAGUGCCCUUUAUUUUAAAUUGACAGACCACAGUUUCACUUUGCAGCUAAUGUGUCAUUUCACUUCCUAAAAUAAGAGUGAGAGGACAAAAUAAAGGAGAAUGGAUGUGUGUGUAAUACAUUUCAAAUAUUUGUUGAAGUCACUGUUGGCUUCCACUCUGGGACAUCAUUCACAAGUUUUAAAUGACUCAUAGGUUCUCAGGUUUAACAGCACUCUCGUUCGACAUGUUUCUUCCUCAUGAGCAAAACACUUGACUUACUGCUGCCGCAUGACUUUUACAACACUCUUGGUUUAUUUUCUCUCUUCCCAUGAGCAAAAACAGCUGUACUAAACCAGUGUAUACUGACUGCACAUAUAGUAUGUAUAUUGGAUUUUUCCUAUGUUUGUAUUCUGGUAUUGAGGGUUUGCAUAUUUAUUCAGUUUUUUGUGUGUAGCUUCAGACUUCAUAUUGUCCAUGACAUUUUCUGGAUAAGGGUGUUGAAAAAGCAGGUGGCCAUGCACAUAUGUAUCUAACUCCAACCACCGACUCUUUGAAAACUGCUUGCGUAUUUCUGUGACCUUGAUCAGUUCUGUCAGAGAUCAAGAGCCUGCCGGUCAUACGGACUCAACACUGAGAGAAAUCACGCAGAGAUGCCUAGUGACUUUGGAAAAAAAUGUCAUGUACCGACACUGACUUCUUUUUGAUGGAAGACAUUUUUGAGAAAACCAUAAAAAAGGGAAGAGACUAAGUAGUAACCUAUCUUUCCAUUUUAUGUGAAGGCUUUUAAAGAAGCUGUGAAUCGAUUUCAGACCCCUGUUUUGUAUUAAAACAAAUGGAAUCACUCAUCUCUAAUGUGAAGAUGUCUAGAAAAAGAAAAAAACUGUUAUAUUGGAUGUUCUGAGUGUUCAUUGUGAAGUAUGUUUCCUGUUAUUAUUCUUUUUUUUUUUAACUUUUUAAAAAGUUUUAAAUGAAUCUUCCAGAGCAAGCAACAGACUAGGGGACUAUUUCUGUUUCAUUUGUAAACUUUGUUGUUGUCAUAAUCUAUUGUGUUUCAAUAGAUCACUUUUAAUAAUUAAACAUGUAAAGGUACUGAUUUUGACUCGUGGAAGUUCUGCAUUUGUUUGAGCUGAGCAAACACAUGCAGGGCUCUGACUUUUCACAGAGGGAGGCAGUUUGAUUCAUUAAUAUUUCGAUACAGAAACCUGUAAAUCAUUUUUACAAAAGAGAGUAUAACAUUUCUUCACCAUCCUCACAAUAAUUUCCAGAUUACAAAUUUAGUAGUCUAAUUAUUGGUUAACUUCUCCCACUUGCCUGUCCUGUCAUGUAUAGCCUUCCACCCACUGGUUAUAUCUCAAGCCUGUGAUUUAACUCGCUGGAAAAUGCCCACCCAAAUGCUCGCCCACCUUCUCAGCCAGCUACCAUAAACGAACCCACAAUCUCCUGAAUUGUGGCCUCUUUGAGAAAAUCACUGUAUUGCUUUUUUUUUUUUUGACAUGGCUUAUAUAUGUAAUUGCCUUCCUGCAUUGUUUUCAACCUCACCAUAGAAGGUCAAACUCUAAUUGCAUCACUUAAAUCUCUGUUAUUGUUCAACUUUGUUACUCCACCUUUAGCCAUAUUUUAUGGCAGGAGGAAUGUGAACUAUAGCAGUCACAUAGGACCUACUUAGCAGAGGUAACAUGUAGUGAGAUGAUUAGCUAUUUGACUUUUUUUUUGAGGAAGCAAUGGUCAAAAUGCAUGGGAGAGGAAAUAUGUGGGAGGGAAGACACAGCCAUAUUUACACAAGUGGUCUAAUAAAAAAGUGCUUCAGACAUUA